AUGCAGGCACUCAAAUCCUCUCUCCGCAACCUCACCUCGACCGCCCAUGUGCGGUUCUCGUCCACCGCUGCUUCGGCGCCGGUUUCCCCGCGACAUCUGCUCUCGAUAGGAGACCUGUCCUCCGCGGAGCUCAAGUACCUCAUUGACAAGGCUGACAGCUACCGGAGUCUUAUCAAGGCCGAGUCCUUCACAACCGCCGCCGAUUCCCAGCCGCUGACCGGACACACCAUCGCCAUGAUCUUCUCGAAGCGGUCAACGCGGACGCGGGUUUCCUCAGAGGCUGCGAUCAAUUACCUCGGCGGACACCCGAUGUUCCUCGGAAAGGACGACAUCCAGCUCGGAGUCAACGAGACUCUCUACGACAGCGGCCGCGUCAUCUCGAGCAUGACCUCCUGCCUUGUUGCCCGCGUGGGGCCUCAUUCCGAUAUCGCCGGCCUCGCCGCUGCCUCAUCCGUGCCCGUCAUCAACGCGCUCUGCGACACAUACCACCCCUUGCAGGCCAUUGCCGACCUUUUGACAAUCAAGGUCGCCUUUGGCAAGACGAACGGCCUCCGACUUGCCUGGGUCGGCGACGCCAACAACGUGCUCAACGACCUCGCGCUCGCGUGCGCAAAGAGCGGCAUCAGCGUCUCGGUCGCGACCCCGAAAGAGUACCCCGUCAACGAGCAAGUGUUUUCAAAAGUGGCCGAGGCCGCCGCCGAGUCUGGCGCCGAGCUGAAGGUCUGCCACGAGCCCACGCAGGCUGUCGCUGCCGCAGACGUCAUCGUCACCGACACCUGGGUCUCGAUGGGCCAGGAGGCCGAGAAGCAGCUCAGACUGAAGCAGUUUGCGGGAUUUCAGGUCACUGCCGAGCUCGGAAAGGCCGCAAAGCCAGACUGGAAGUUUAUGCACUGUCUCCCGCGCAAGCCUGAGGAGGUCUCGGACGAGAUCUUCUACAGCGACAAGUCGCUUGUCUUUGACGAGGCCGAGAACCGACUCUACGCGAUGCUUGCUGCGCUCGAGGGGUUUGUCGUCAAGAGGGGCAAGUUUUCGGAGGAGUAA